AUGGGAACAGCAUGCGCCAAGGGUGGUGCCAAUAGUGCUGUGGCUCACACCCAAGGCGGAGAGAGGGGCCACGGCAGGGGGCGCGGCGGCGGGAACAACUGCAGGCGUAGUGGCGUGACGCGCGCAGGGACGCAGGACGGCCCCUCGGCGCAAAGGGAUGAUGCUCUUCACAUGGUUUCGGCGCAUAACACCGGCGAGACUCCAACCUUUGAGCAGGACGACGCACUUUCUAUUCCUUCGGUGCGCAGUACUAAGGUAAGGGCACCAACAGCACCAGCACUGUCACAGCCGCAGACGAAUGCAAUGCGGCUUGGCUUGCUUCGAGCAACGACAAAGCGGGUGGUGAAUGCUGGAAAUUUAGCGGCGACCAACCCAAGGGAAACGACCACGCUCAGCAUAAAGGAAUGGCUUGAACGCCCACAAGCUGAGGAUGCUUUCACGAGCAGGAGGUACUCUGCGACAGCAGCAGCAGCAGCAACAACAUCAGCAGCAGCAGCAGCAGUGGCGGACGCCACACACUUCAGGGCGGAUGAAUCAUCCACAGCAGACGACGAUUACACAUCUACAACGACGACCGAGAACUUCAUGGAACGCUCGGAAGUUUGUCCUUCAUUAGAGAAUUCAAUGAAGGAUGACUCUGCUUACCUAUGCCCCUCAUCGGUGAAUUUAUCCUUCGGUUCGUCCCCGGCAAAGGCCACUUCUUGCGGCCCUUCGCGCCUUCCGCAUUCUCCGGUACGCGGUACUGGUGAGGGCACCAAGGGAGCGCUUGCGUCGUGCAGCAAUGACGUCAAGGCGUGUGAGGACACAGGUGCUGCAGCAGCGAGGGUGGCCAACGGUGUGACUGGUCGCUUACUGCCACUACAUUUGGUUCCGGCCCUCGUCACUGGUGCCACAUCAUCUGCUGGUGAUGAAAGAGUACGACAGCAGCAACAUCAACAAUUUCAGGAAAAAUACAUCUCUCAAGAGGCUUAUCUUGUGAGCGCCGAAAUUUCCGCACGGGAUCGUUUUGGAAACGUGGAGAAGAAUACACAAGAUGCUAUUCUUCCUUCAUACGUAGAGAAGCAACGGCGCCCGCCGCAACCACACGUGGAAUCAGAACGUGUUGAGGUUGAGGGGGAUGCCGAUGAGGUCCCGACGCCGAAUGCUCUCUCGGUCUCCACAUCCAAGCGGGCUGGCCUGGCAGUACCCGACGAUGCCAAUGAUGACUUGUCUCUCCACACUGCAACAGAAAUGUCUCAGUACAUGGGCAUCGGUGCUGUGGGGGGUGUUGUGGAAAAGGACACUGGGGUGGAAUACGAGAUGCCAUCACAAAUAACUUCUAUGGAUGACGAGCGUCGCUGCUGUUCCCCCAUCAACCCCCCACCAGCAACCGAUGCGCCACUGCAGGAAGGGACCAGCAACAGUUUUCCAUCUGGGGCACCGCAUGCAUUUGCGGCAGCUGCUCCUCCCUCCACGCUGUCCAGGGAGCAGCCAGCAGCUGACGACGCCUCUAACAGGGACACCUUCGACAAUUCGAAGAGAAAGGCUUGUGAGUCGGGCCCUAUUGGCACUUCGAAAUGUGAUGAGAGGAGUGAGACAAAUGUGUCGCUGCCCGUUUCUAUCGCUGCGAAAAGUGACUCUGGAGAAAUAGUUGGCGUCCUGGCGAAGUGUGUGGAUCCGUGGCUUGUGCUGCCACUGCCUUCACCGAGGUUGACGUCGUGUGAGGGCCUGGUGGAAACACCUCGCACAAUGCGGAAGGAAAUCCCUGAGGUGCACAUAACUACUCAACAGGGCGAGCAGCAAAAGAAGCAUCAGAAGGAACAACUCCUUAGUGACCUGCCGCCCACCACCUCACACGGCACGGAAGAGUCUUCUGUAAGCGCACAUGACGCUUCGUCACAGAGGAAGGUGGCGAGCCGUCGGAGCGGGCUGCUGCCCCCCCCACCUGUAGACGACGAUGGCGAUGAUGAUGAUGAUGGUGCUAUUAAAGAGAGCCGUGCUGGGAGCAGUGGUAGCUGGCAACGAAGCACCUCCUCUCCUCAGCCGCAGCACCCAACCCAUGUGUUGCCGAUGCCGUCGGGCCGACGCCUCUACUCCCCGGCGGUGGAAUCCGCGGCGGCGACGAAUUUAACGCUCAGCAGCGCUGGCUCAAUGGUGACGACGAGCAGCCUGGCCGCCACUUCUGUUAGAAGCUCACAUCACCUCUGCUGGUGGUGUAACGAGCCGUAUAAGUGGCGUGAGGUUUGCGUCGUGGCGCAUCAAACGCACACCGCAAUGCAGCAACAGCGAAGGCGCGAAAAACGGGUGAAGAAAAAAGCACAGGAACUGCUGCGCUGCGGUAGAAUACAAGAAGCUAUGAUAGAGUUGCGGGAAGCUGGGGUAAUAUGA